UCUCUCUCUUCAUUUACGAGUCGUGUCAAAAAACUUGAAAAUAAAAUUUUCCUUAGGCGGAUCGACUCGGGCACAGGGGAAAAGUUUUUCGCGAAAGGUGUUUCCCGACAGUUCGGUAUCGGUCGAAAAUUGGUGCAAAUUAUGCGCGAAGGGUUGACGAGUGGAGUUGCGAUCGAGUUAGCCGGAAUAGAACGCGCCACGGAGUGAAAUAUUGCAUUCGAAAUUCUUCGGAUUGCAACUGAGACGACGGUCUACCUUCUGUGUUGCAAGAAAAGUGGCUCCCUCUGCUGGUGAAAAUGUGUAUGUGCCCUGGUGCAUUUGUGUAUAGUGGAUCGUCCCAAUAAUAAUGGGCAGAUAGAUGAAAGUGCUGCUGCUCCCAUCGCCAGUGCUCUUGGUGUUGUGUUGGGAAAGAGGGUGCUACUGCUGGAAUGUGCCAGUGUGAGUGUAUUAUUACGGCCACGGAUCCACAAAAGGCUACAGAAGGAGCACCAUCGUCGACGAUUUCUGGAGUAUGGUAAAAAUAAAUGUAAACAUGGCCGAAUGACAAGAGCCAAGAAGACGGAAAUGAAAAUAUUCAAGUGUGCUGGAAAAUAGUUUAGUGCUGCCGAAGUUCAGUAUCAGUGGCAGUAGGCAUUACAGCGGAUCAAAAACGUGAACCCAGCCUACUACGGUGCGUGUUGGAUAUAUUGUGCAAUAUUGUUACCGCAUAGCGAGACAUCACCAUUAGAAUCGAGGCGAUACGCGAGUGAGAGAUCUACCACCAGACGAAAAUCAAAUCCUCAAGUUUUCCGGAAAAACUCCAUCGCAAAAUGGUUUUUCAUUUGUAUUCAGAUCGACUGCAACUAGCCGCAGUUGCCGCUAGAAAAUGAAUCUCGGUCUAUGGGGAUGCUUGGUGCCCUGUGGACUGCAAUACUGGUGCGAGAGUAAAAGCGAUACAUGCAUUACGGAGAUGGGGGCGACGGCAUCAACUGAUUGUCCCGGUGCCGGUGGUCCCGGCGGCAUUCCGGGCCUCACGGGUGCUAUCACGACGGCAGCCGGUGCUACCACGACGACACCCCUCACGGCGGCCGGUGGCGUCGGUGGCCCAGGUGCUGGAAUGUUGGGCGGGGCGUACGGACCCAUUGGGGGACCACCCGUCAUCGUGCGGGAACGGCGGAAGAAGGUCACCGGUUUUGCCACACUGAAGAAGAAACUCAUUCGCCGGCGUCGCUCGUCGAAAGCCUGCGAUCAUGGCCGAGUGUUGCGGGAGUUUGUGUCCAGCUGGAGUCCGAUGGAGCUGUCCGCACUGCUGGAGGAAUACGAAUCGCUGGCAUCGCUGAAGGACCUUUCGGUUCAGGCUGAGCUGGCGCGGCCACCGGCAACCACGUUCAAACAGGAUCUUGCCAGUUUGUACGAUUAUAAGCAUUGCACCGACUGUGAUCUGGUGUUUCGGGGAACUGUCUUCCCGGUACACCGUGCACUAUUAUCCGCGCGUUGUCCGUACUUCCGAGACCUGCUCGCCGGGUGUCCGGGCUACGGCGCACGGAUCUGUUUGGAACUACGCUCCUCGCCGGUGGACGUUCCAAUGUUUUCGUCGCUGUUAAGAUAUCUGUAUACAGGAGAUUUAUGUACACACGAUCCGACCAUAGAUUUAAGUCUGCUACGUAGAUUAGGAGAAGACUUCGGCACACCUAAUCCGCUAGAAAACGACCUGCGCUACCUGCUCGAAACUGGGGACUACGCAGAUGCCGCCAUAGUGUUCACCUCCGAGGGGGGCGACUACCAUCGGCCCGAUUCUGGCAGCUCGGAGUACGGUUUCCGGCCGAAAUUAGAACUACCUUGCCAUAAGGCGAUCCUCAGUGCGCGAUCACCGUUCUUCAAGAAUAUGAUUCAGCGACGGACACGUAACAUUAACGAAGAACACCAACUUCACGGUACGGAUCGAUCGCUGCAUGUUCCGACACGAAUCGUUCUGGAUGAAACCGUUAUUCCGAAACGUUACGCACGUGUUCUGCUGCACGCGAUCUAUCUGGAUACCGUGGAUCUGUCAUUGAUUCUACGAGGAAAUGGAUGCGGCAAUGGAGCGGGAAGCCUCGGAGAAGUGCAAGCGCUCACGCACACUGGUCGAACCCGGCCGUCACCUUUGGAAGAAGCCAUGGAACUGUACCAAAUCGGACGUUUCCUCGAGUUGGACAUCUUGGCGCAGGGUUGCGAAGAUUUGAUCCUCGAAUGGCUGUCGCUGGAUACGCUGGCAACGGUUUUGCGUUGGGGAGGUCAGCCUCAUGGAUCCGCCUGGGUUUAUCGUCAAGCUUGUCACUAUCUGCGUGAGGAAUUCUCGGCUAUUGUUGGUUCCCCGGUGCUCUUCCAGUUGGAUAAAUCACAAUUGGUCGAAGCCCUUCAGAAUAAUUUCCUCCAGGCAUCGGAACUGGAAGUACUGCAAGCUGUGCUGAAGUGGGGCGAACAAGAACUGAUCCGACGGAUGGAGGAUCGAGAACCAAAUUUGCUUAGUCACACUGCGCACUCUGUCACUCGGAAGGGUAUCAAAAAGCGUGACUUGAGCGAUGUGGAGUUGCGGGAAAUAUUAUCGGAGUUGCUUCCACAUGUUCGAAUGGACCACGUGCUGCCACCGAGCAAUGAGAUUUUGAACCAGGCAAUCCGGCGAGGUUUGGUCAGUACCCCACCAUCGCACAUGAUUGGGGACGAUCGCGAGAGUCUGAGGAUCAAUGCGUGGAUUCGUGGUGGGAAGAACCACGGUUUAUUUGUACGACCUCGGUUGUUUAUGCCGUACUACGAGGAGGUGAAGGUGUUGCUGGAGGAUCACAUCGCGUCGCAACAGAUCGAAAUGUUGCGAAUGCGGCGUUCGCGCCACAUGCCGGACAUUCCGGAUACACUGUAUAUGGUGUCCAGACUUAAUAGUAAUGCUAGUGGAAAUAUGGGGGGUGGAGGUACGUCAGGUGUCGAUGUUGUCGCAACAGCGGCCGCAUCUAUUCCGGCGCCUGAUCCAAGCGCUAUGGAAGCCAUGCAAAAGAGGGAACAAAAGCUUAGACAAGCACCGAGUUGCCAACGGGCGUUGGCCCUUCCGUUGUCCAGCCGAAACGAAAUCAACCGUCAGAUUAGGUUGAGAGUUGUUCGGGAGUUUAACUUUCCGGAUGAGGUGGCAGAGUUGCUGGAGAAUUCUAACUGCUACUGUUUGGAUGGGGAUGGCUCUACCCCGAAAGCUCAGGGCGAUGACAUACACGCAAGCAAUCAAUCAUUAGACGAUGACACGACCCCGCCACCAUCUCCGGCACUGCCAAGUGAUAUUAUUCCACAGAACGUGGCCUGUUUUGGGCGCAACAUGACAUUCCCCCGGCAACAGCCUCAACCACCAUCGCAAGUGAUUUCUCACGGAACUGGCGGUGGAGGAGACCUGGGAGGCGGUGUAGCAGGUAGGCUACAUCACCCUGGCAGUAUGCUUGGGGCGGGUUCAAGUAUCAUAGGCACGCAUCGACGCCAGGAACUGCCAUCGUUGAUCCCUGGUGGAGAUGUUGUUGCCUACAGGCUGUCCGCUCCAGCUGGUGAUCAUUCUGGAGAGGCUGGAGCUUGUUCGGAGGGACAUCUGUCCGAUAUAAUGCCAGAUGUAGCCAUGGCAACGGCGUCUAUGGGGCAACUACAGCUAGGCGAUAUGCCCGAGAGUCUUCAUCUAGACCUGGGCGAUGGACCAAGUCACAUGAUCGGAGCGGCAGGAUCUCUAGGCUUACAUAACCUCCCGCAUCAUCGAAUAGCAACACCCUCGCCGAGUAAUUUCCACCACUACAUGACCCGAAGUCAUCCACCGUCCAGUUCACUGGGUGGCAGUAGUGCCGGUGCUGGUCAUGGCGUCGAUGGCGGAACCGAACGAGGUGUGAUGGGUAGCGGAAGGCUACCCAGUUCCCUUGGCGGGUCCUCCCAGUCAGGUCAAUCGGGAGUAUCGCCGGCGGCAGCAGCGUCUUCGUCGUCGUACUCGCAGCGUUCCAACUCACCGUACACCUUACACCGAGCAAGUCCGGGCCUGCCGCACAGCUCAUAUCACACCGGCCCCCGGUUAUAGAGACGGCUGCAAGUAUUUCCCGAUAAACGUCAGCUGUUCAGUAUGCCUUUCUGAAAAGGACACACUGAGGAAAUCGCGUGCGGAUGUGAGUAUGAGGUAUGCUUGUGAGCGAUAGAGAACCACCUGUUUAGUUAAACGAAUUAACUAAAUUAAAACAAAUGUAGCAGGAACGAAGAAGGAUCAAAUGAAAACUACUACACAGCAAAAAAAGGAAGGCAAUUAAUUGCAAGAAAUACAUAGAUAUUUGAAUUAAGAGUUAAGUAUUCCAUUAAUAAAAUCAAGAAGAAGAACAACACUACAAUGGCAAGGAUAUAAAAGUAAUAAUAGUACUAUAAUUAAUACAAAAACAGUAAGAAUAAUAAUCGAAGACUUUUAUAUAUUUAACAAAUUACAAAACAAACAUAGAAGCAAAUCCACAUGAUACAAGUCGACAGAGUAAAAGUAACGAGAAUUGAAAGCAAAGAGAAAUGAGAACACAAAGAACAAGGAGAGGGAGAGCUAGAAGAAAAGUUCUUGUGUCUAAUCGACAGUUGUUUGCAUUUGCUUCCCCGGCGUUCGAAGCGGAGCAAUGUGGAACAGUAGUAGGUACACACACGGAUGAAUGACCGAUCGCCUGUGCGUAUGUGGAAUGAAUGCGGAUGGACUCUCAUGAACGAUCGUGCAGAUUUUCUCUUGUUUUGAGAAUUAGGCCGUGCCUUUAAUUUAUUCUCUGCUUAAUUCUUAGCUAACUUUAGUGUCCAGGAUCUCGAGGUUGCGCGCCCGAGAAAAAUAUGAUAAUCAGAUGUUUUUAAUAUGAGAUAAUGUUUUAACGCUAUUUAUUUAUCUUUUUUUUUCGCGAUCUGUGUUUACUUUAUAUUAGACUAUGUAGGACAUUUUUUUUCUCAAUUGGGAAACAAGGCAAAACACUGUUAUUAUUAUUAGGUUGAGAUUUGACUCUUGUUUCCGCGUUAUACGGCGAUGCUGCGUAGUGGAUGAGAGAUUGAUUGUGAGCAAUGAAUGGAACAAAAAAAAAUUUCAUGUUUUCGAAUAUUCGUAACAACAAAAGAAAGAAACAAUGUAUCGUACGUGUAUGUAAAA